AGAGGUAUCGGCAUUUCUCAUUGUCAAUGUAUGACUCUUAAGCUUAAAUAUGUCUGAAAUAAUGCAAUUGGUGGAUUCGGAACCGAAGUAUAUUACAGCUAAUGUAUCUAACUCACAUAACGAUGUCGUCGCAUUUGAGAUUAAAUUGGCCAGAGAUAUGACCAUCGCGCAGCUUAAGACUAAAUUGGAAAUAUUGACUGGUGGGAGUGCCAGCACCAUGAAGGUGGAACUGUAUAAAGGUGACUCGCUGGUGACCUCAUUUAACAACAAUGAUGCCAAACUGGGCUUUUAUAUCGAUUGCGACGGCAUGCGGCUUCAUGUCAUUGAUACCUUUGCCAGUUUUGGAUUUGAUAAUGAAUCUGUGGAAAAGUUUGAACUUACAAAGGACCAGUACGAACAAAGAAACGAUUCUGUGCGCAAUUUCUUGAAGCAAAAUAGACUAGGCAAGUACAAUGAAGAGGAAAUGCAGCAAAUGGAAGCAAAAAGACGCGAGCACGCCGAAGAAUUGCUAAACCGGGCGGAGCUUUGCACUGUGGGAAGCCGGUGUGAGGUCACCGUGCCAGGGAAUCCAACACGUCGUGGCACCGUUAUGUACAAUGGACCACUUGAAGGCAAAAAUGGUAUCUUCAUUGGCGUACAGUACGAUGAGCCCUUGGGCAAAAAUAAUGGAAGCGUUGCUGGCAAAAGCUAUUUUGUGUGUCCCCCAAACUAUGGAGGUUUUGUCUCACCAUUAUCGGUGCAGGUCGGGGACUUUCCUGUUGAGAACUUUGACCUCGACGAUGAGCUUUAGUUUAAAUUAAAUAAAAUUGUUUAAGAUA